AUGGUUUAUGGAGAGCAAAGGAAUUAUGAUAUGAAUUCAAACACAUAUCAUCCAGGUUUGCGUAAUCAUCCAAACUUUCGGUACAGUAAUACUAAUCAAUUGAAUCCUCAUUUUCAGGUACCGAAUCAAGGAAGCCAGCCGUAUCAGAACCGUCAAUCGAAUUAUAAUCAGAAUUACCCUCAAGGAAAUUACAACAAGGGCAACCAAAGAAGUUAUCAGCAACAACAGGAGCAGGGCAAGGCAAAUACUUCAAACGAGGAAGUUUCCAAUCGGGAGAUUAUGGAAAUGUUGAAGCAAAUGAAAAAAGACCAAGAAGUGCAAGCUAAAUCUCAUCAAGCAUUGGAAAAGCAAGUCGCCCAACUGGCGACCGAGAUGGUUGGGACUCCUCCACAGUUGGUUGAAGGUGUUGUGGAGGAGGUUGAUGAGGAAAACGAGUCCGAUGCGGAGACGGGACCUAUUAGCCCUAAAAAGAAUAAAAAAGAAAAUCUUGAAAAUAAUAGGGUGAUAGAUACUGAACCGGGUGACAAAAAGGAGAAGGGUAUGGAGGGUAAUACCGUACCAUUUCCUAAGGCUUUAAUUAAUCCCGAAACAAAAGUUGUUAAUAAACGGGGCCCACAACAGGAUGAGAUGUGGGAAGUUUUUAAACAGGUGAAAAUUAAUCUUCCGUUACUAGACGCAAUCAAGCAGGUUCCGGCAUAUGCAAAAUAUUUGAAAGAGCUUUGCACCCAAAAACGGCAUAACAAAUUUCUGAAAAAGAUAGCUUUAACCAAAAAAGUUAGUGCCGUUUUGUCGGGUGAUCUUCCACCAAAGCUCCGAGAUCCAGGUGCUCCUCUAAUCCCCAUUCAAGUGGGUGAAUUUAAGAUAAGUCGAGCCUUGCUGGAUUUGGGAGCAAGUGUUAGCAUCUUACCGGGAAGUUUAUAUGAUCAAUACGACUUCGGACCAUUGAAACAAGCCGACACCACCGUGGUGUUGGCCGACUUGACGUUAAAACUACCCCGGGGGAUCUUGCGUGAUGUCAUUGUCAAAGUUGACGAGUUUUAUUACCCGGUUGACUUUUUGGUUUUAGACUAUGUGCAAAUUGAAAACACUAAACAACCUAAUGUCAUACUUGGUAGACCAUUUUUAGCAACCGCUAAUGCACUAAUCGAUUGUAGAAAUGGUACGGUUGACAUCACGUUUGGAAAUCGCAAGGUCCGAUUAAAUGCUUUUGCCCGUGCAUCUGAUUCUCUAGUCAAUGAUGAAUGCUUCAUGGCGGACAUUAUUGACGGGUGUUAUCCUCACGAAAGUGGGGAAUGCACUAUAGAGACGUGUUUUGUUUGUGACAGGGAUUUGGCAGAAAUAGAGGUGGAAUUGGAAUAUGCGGAAGAAGAGUUGGAGGUGAUGGCUGCUAGGGAAUUGAAGCCGACUUGGACACAUCAAGUCGAGAAUUUACCGGAUCAUAUUGACACUCAGUUGAAGCCAUCACUUGAAUCACCUCCACAAGUCGAGUUAAAGACAUUGCCAAAGCAUUUGAAGUAUGCUUUCGUUGGCGACAACAACACCCUACCGGUAAUUAUUGCGUCCAAUUUAUCACCUGAACAAGAAAAAGCUUUGAUGGAAGUGUUAAUAGCCAACCGGGCUGCAAUUGGGUGGACAAUCGCUGAUCUCAAGGGGAUUAGUCCAUCCAUUGUUAUGCAUAAGAUCAUCACUGAAGAGGGAGCAAAACCGGCUCGAGAUGCUCAACGAAGACUGAACCCGAACAUGCGGGAAAUUGUGUAA